UUAUCUUUAUUUUUAUUAUUUUUUUUUCAUGUUAUAUAUAUUUCAUUUUAAAAAUAGAACUAAUUCUACGAUUUUUAAUCUGUUCUUCUUCUCUUAUUAUGUAUUCUUAUUUAUAUUUUAUAUAUAAUCAUAAAUAUAUAUAUGUGAAAUAAAUAGAUAAAAAUGCAAACGCAAAAAAUGUAAAAAAUCUUAUUUUUUUCGAGAUCAGCAUUUUAAAACAUAGGAUACAAAAGAUUUCGUGUAUAUCUCUUUUUUUUUCUUUUUUUUUUUUAUACAAAGAAAGUUUUUUAAAAAUGAUAAUUUUAGAAACAACAUAGGAAUAGUGUGAGAUAUUUAUCCAUUAAAAUUUUUAUAAUCUAUUUACACGCCCAGAUAUAAAAAUAUAUGCAAAUAUAUACAUGUAUAUAUGCAAGAUUUUCUUCAUUGUCAUAUCUAUCUUAUAUUUUGUCUACAAUUAAACAUUUUUGUAUACAAAUUUUUUUUUGUUCAUUAAUUUAUUUUUUUGAAUGUAAUCUAUAAUUGAAAAUAAUAACAAUAAUAAAAAUGGAAUAUAUACUAUCUUCGAACAUUAAUCUAUAAUCAAUUCCUAAUAAUUUAAACGUUUAUACGUCAGAAUUUUUCAACUGCGGAACAAUUUCCUGUCAUAUUUGCGAUGACAUCGUAACGACAUUUUGAAAAGAGAUUCAGUAUGUUUUGUAAUAUUUGUCAAACGAAAUUUUCUUUUUUUACAAAAGAAGUUGCUUGUCCAGGUUGUGGCUUUUCAUGUUGCAAUAAGUGCCUCAAAUAUAAAUUUAAUAUUCCAGAUAGAGGAGUAAAAAAUAUCUGUGGUCGUUGUUUUAAUAAAAAGAAUUAUUCAAGCAAAUCAAGUUAUAAUAAUAAUAUUAAAAUGUUGGAUGAGCAUGAAGAACCAAUGGCUCCAGUAGAUAUUACAAAAAAACUAGAUUCAUUAGAAAAUCCAGCAAAACCUCCCAUUGUAAUGUAUAAACAUACAAAUCAUUGGGACAAAUUUAAAAAUGGUUUGGAACCAGUGGAUCAAGAAAUAGUUGAAAGAUUACGAAAAUUAAAAGAAGAAGACAAAACUGCAACUUUGAGUGUGGAUGAAAUAAGAAGAAGAUUAGCAUUAUUAAAAGAUGAAGAUGCAGAUAUUAAUCAGCAAAAAAUAAAUAUACAUAAAGUGGAUAUCAGAACAGAUCAACAGAAAACAGACGAUUUAAUAGAAGAGUAUCUAAAACAAUUAGAAUUAUCAUCAGGCAGUGAUUCAGUUAAUGAAAUUCAAACAAGAUUAAGAUCUUUACAAGGCAUUAGUAGAGAACAUUCAACUAAUGAUAUUAAUAAUGAAAAUCAUAUGACAAAUAAAUUAAUUGCAAAAGCUUUGGCAGAAGCCGAAUUAGAAAAAAAAUAUGAAGAAAAUAUAGAUAAAUUGGAAGAAAUGGAGAUUGAGGAAAUAAAACAUAUCGAUGAUGAAGAUGAAAAACCUAGCUGCAUAAUGUGCGAUCAAACUGAAGAUUUAGAACAAUGUUUAGGUUGUCACGGCGAUUUGUAUUGCAUUAUAUGCUUUGAAGAUAAUCAUGACGAUUUUGAAAUGAAAAAGCACAAAAGAAAACCAGCAAAGAAAUUAAAUUAUUAUUAAAUAAAAUUGAAUAGAAAUUUUAGAGAAAUGCUUUACAAUAAUUCACAUGCAGUUUCAUUAUUGAUACUUGUCUAAUUUAUAAAAAAAUUUUAUGCUUAGUAUUGUCACUUGUAAUUUUUAAUGAUAAUAUGCAAAAUAUAUAAACAUAAACAUUAAAUAAUAUAUAAUUAUAGUAAAUGUUUUAGCUAUAAGUUUUAAAAAAUUAUUAUUAUGCUAUAUCUAUUUUCACAGUAAAUAAUUUUGUAAUAUCUUAAAUUUAAUAGAUUUAAUAAGAUAUAUUUGUAAAAAAAAAAUUAAUUUACAAAAAAAUUAUUUAUUUAUUAUCAAUGUACAUUACAUUAUCUUUAACAUAUUAUUAUUUUAAAAUUUCAUUGAAUAUUUAAUUUUAAAUUAAAUAUAUAAUUUCUAAUGAAUCAAUAAAUCAAUAAAUUAAUAAAUCUAAUGAAUCAAUGAAUUAAUAAUAAUUUAUUAAAAUAAUUUUAUAUAUUAUAUAAUUUUAUAUAUUAAAUUAAUUUAUUAUUUAAUAAUAAAUUAUUAAUAUUAUUUAAUAAUAAUAAAUUUUGAAUGAUUAAUUAAUCUAUUUCAAUAUGCAAAAAACUUUAAUCUUUUUUUAGAUUUUUAGAUUUUUUAAAUUAAUUCAAUCUUCAAUUAAAAUUUGUUUAAACAGUUUGCUAAAAUUCUGCUUUUUUAAGAUUAUUAUCUUUCUAAUAGAUAGAUAGAUUAUCUUUCUAAAAGAUUAUUAUCUUUUUGAUUUAAAUAUCAAAUUGAAUUGAUUUGACAGAUUAAAUCGAUAAAAAUUCACUGAUACUCUCAUUGGUAUUUCCCGGAAAUAGUUUGUGGUAAAGCAUAAAAAGCUCUUUUCAAAGUCUGAGCAAUUCUGCUAUAUUUAGAGUUGUAGUACAUACCUGUAGAGUUUAGUACAUACCUAUUGUGCUAAGUUUUCGUAGUACGUAACAAAUGUUUUGUUUUUGUUUCUAUAGUUCGUUUUGUUUAACAAUAAAAUUUGUUUCCAAAUA